UUUGAAAAGGUCCUUAAAAUGUUGGAGUUUGUGCUUAUUCAACUUUACACUUGGAAAAUGAAGAGGUCUUCGGGCUGUCCUUGAAAGACUGGAGUUCUCCCACACGACUGUGAGGUUCGAGAGAAAUCCUUUUUAAUUACUAGUACUGGGGUUUUAGCUCUUUAGAUAAGAACCAGCUGUCUGGAUGCUAGACACUACUGCGUAUCUCAACUGAGUUUUCUUUUCUUUGAGUGAGAAAUAUGUUGGAAGGAAAAGCACUAAUAGAAGACACAGACAUGCCUUUGAAGAUGCAAAUCCAAGCCAUGGCUUCUGCUUCUCAGGCCUUGGACCUCUAUGAUGUCCUGGAUUGCAAAUCCGUUGCUUCCCACAUCAAAAAGGAGUUUGACCUGAGAUAUGGAGGUGGAUGGCAAUGUGUGGUGGGAUCAAAUUUUGGUUGUUUUUUCACUCAUUCUAAAGGGACUUUCAUCUACUUUACAUUGGAGACACUCAAUUUCCUAAUCUUCAAAGGAGCUUCUUCUCCCUGAUUAGAUCAAGUCUCUGCAUUUGAUUGUCUAGAAAGUUCCAGAGGUGCAAGUGGGAGGAAAAAGUGGCACCAUGUAUAGAAUAGGAGGAUCGAAAAGGAACAAAAGAAGAGGUCACAUGGGGGUAUUUAGCCUUGUAAUGCUUUCGAGGGGCGGUUGAAAUGAUCUUUUUAUGUAAAUAUGGCAGCUAGUUAUCUUGGUGUUUUUCA